UCUAGUCACUAACAUGGCCGUCACCAGGGAGUGAGUCCAAGGAUUUUGAGACGAAUAUUAUUUGAUUCUGCUUAAACACUCUUGAUGAUUGACGAUGACACUUGCGGGUCGUUGAUGUUGCAGCUCGAUAACAUCCCUUUGAAUGUAAGAAGAGAGAAGCCACACCCAUUCAUUGAUUCCAGUUCCCUGGGCACGACUACAGCCCUGACAUCCGUCCCUCAGACUGGCAGUGCCCGCAGGUGCAGCGUCUUGGAGCUGGGGGCCACAGUUGCCUUCCUCUGCCAACCGGACUGGGAUCGGGACAAGUGUGGACCGUAACUACCAGCUCUGGGCAUCUCGACAGAGUAUGGUGAGAGACGGCGGCUGCCAUGGAGCUACAGGAUAAGAAACAGGAGGAGGAGGCGACUCCACUGGGACUGUCCACGGCUCAGGCUCUGUGCACCCUACGGGACCAGCUGUCCAACUUACUGGGACAACACCAGAAUUCCAGCCGGCGUAGAUCCACCAUACAGGAGCUGUGGGUUAAGAGCUUCCUACAUCAUGACAGCCAGCAUUCGUGCUUCCAUUGGCCAGGAGCUGUUCUCACUCUGGUUGUGGUUGUUGGGCUGUUGUGUUGUCAUGGCAGUCAGCCAGCGGGCAGUCAAGGCAUAGAGUUGGUGAACGCGGGCGCACUCUUCCUCCUACUGCUGCUGAACCUCUUCCUCAUCGGGCGGCAGCAGAGAUUACGGAUGAGUGAGAUGGUGCGGAGGCUCAAGUCCAUCAUCUCACAGCUGAACGAUUAUUUGGAGAGAAGUGCAGGACAUCCAAUCAGAUGGGCCCCCUCUUUGUAUCCUGACCUCUACACCCCCACUUCCCCUUCCUGGUCACUGCAUUGGACAUUCAGAGGCGAGCAGCUGGUUAAUCUACCUGUCAGUCUUCUGGUGGAAGGUGAUGUCAUCGCUCUUAGACCGGGCCAGGAAGCCUUUGCAUCUCUCAGAGGCAUCAACGACGACGAACACAUCGUGCUGGAGCCAGGAGACCUUUUUCCGCCGCUCUCUCCUCCUCCCUCCCCACGCGGGAAUGAGCGGAGGGGCCCACACAGACCCCAGCAGUACCGCCUCUUCAGGGUGGUGCGCACACCUAUACUCGACAGUGUCAGGAACAGUCUUGACCUGGCUCUCUCCCGUCCAGUCACAGCCCUUGAUAAUGAACGGUUCUCAGUGCAGUCCAUCAUUGCCAAAUUCGCCUGUCCUGCUGUAUUGGUGGCCUUUUUCUCUAUUAACACGAUCCGGUUCUUCUGUGACACUCCUGGUCUCACCCCUGGACCCUUCAACUUCCUUCAGUUGCAGAUGAUGGCUGUAUUGCCCAUUUUACCUCUUCUGUUUCCUGUGAUGUGGAUUCUGGUGAAUGCAUACGGAGAGGCCCGCGUGUUAGCCGAGUCUAGCCGUAACUCUCCCACCGGCCUGCUUGCUAAGUUCUCAGAGGACACUCUAAGCAGCUACACGGAAGUGGUGUCCUCCCAGGAGAUGCUUCGCUGUGUGUGGAGACACCUGGUCAGUGUGUUGAAGGGAGAGUCCCAGACCCUCUCUUAUACCUCCAGUCUGCUGCACUCGUUGGGUUCAGUCACUGUGCUGUGCUGUGUGGAUAAGCAGGGCAUUCUGUCCUGGCCCAACCCCAGUCCCGAGACCGUGCUGUUCUUCAGCGGACGAGUAGAACCUCCUCAUGACAGCCAGGAUGACCUCAGAGACGACCUUUCAGUCAACUCCCUCUGCAGGACAGAGGACGAGGAGGAACAAGACGAGCCUCAGGAAGGCGAAGCACUGCUGUGUUUACCAGCGUUUGAACCCUCCCUUCACAUGGCGGAGCAGGAACCCAGCGAGACAUCACAUGACACCGCCCGCUCCUCAGAUACCCAGCGCCAGCGUCAAGGACCCCAAACCACCCGUUCCAAACACCCAUCAGGCUCCAACGUCAGUUUCAGCCAUGACACUGAGGGUGGUGAUGGCAACGUUGCUCAGCCAUGCGGUGUGGGUGAUGAUCUGUGUGAAGCAGAAGAUUUUGUGUGCGACUAUCAUCUGGAGAUGUUGAGUCUGUCCCAGGAUCAGCAGAACCCUGUCAGCAUCCAGUUUGAUGAUUCCGGUUGGCAGAAUCACCUGCCCUCUUUGAAGCCUCUGGGCUUGAACAUCCUUUUGAACCUGUGCAAUGCCACCGUCACCCAGCAGCUCUGCAGAUUUUCAGACCACUUGUCAAACAUGGCGCUGCAGGAAUGCCACGGGGUGGUUCUACCAGUUCAUGUUCCCUGGGGCCUCUGUGAACUAUCUCGCCUUAUAGGUUUCACUCCAGGAGCGAGGGAACUCUUUAAGCGUGAGAAUCAUCUGGCUCUGUAUCAGCUUCCUUCCGGAGAGAAGGCCAAAGAAUCUGCACCCAGGCGCCUCCAUCACUUCACCAAACGCCAGCCCCCCAUCAGUCACCUCAUCAGUCUGUUUGUCAGGGACAGCACUACCAAUAAUGUACAGAUGCUUUCCCACGGCUCGGCCGACCUCAUCCUGGAAGCCUGCACGGAUUUCUGGGAUGGGGCGGACAUCUAUCCGCUGUCUGGCUCGGAUAGGUCAGAGACACCAAUUGAAAAACACUACAAAACUCAUAGCAAAUAUCAAAUUUUUUUUGCAUUCGCCUAUAAGCCUAUGCAGGUGGCAUUGUCUGGACAGCUCAAUGGAAAAUGUGUGGAGCUGGCUCCAGGCCCCACGCUCUUUUCUGGGGUGGAGCUUCCCAGUACCACCCCCAUCAAACACGGCAGCCGCAGGAACAGCUGGAGCUCUGAUGAGGGUAUUGGAGAAGGUUUGGAGAAGGAGGACUGUGUGCAGGCUCUGAGUGGCCAGAUCUUCAUGGGAAUGGUGUCGUCCCAGUUCCAGGCCCGACUGGACACUGUACGGCUCAUUGAGAACCUGGUGGGAGCCUGUAUCCGCUUUGUGUACUUCUCCAUGGAGGACGAGCUGCGUAGCAAAGUGUUUGCAGAGAAGAUGGGUUUGGAGACGGGCUGGAACUGUCACAUCUCUCUGACCCCAAACGGAGAUGGUCACUGCGAUGGUGCUCCGUCCAGCCCAAGCCAAGCAGGAUCUCUACAUGAUGACCUUCUUCACGAUUCUCGUGAUGAUGCAGAGGGCCCACUACUGCCUGAGGACCAAUCAGAUCUUGCCAGCUUCCAGCCUACUGACAGUGAUGUGCCCAGUUUCUUAGAAGACUGCAACAGAGCCAAACUGCCUCGUGGCAUUCAUCAGGUUCGCCCACAUUUGAAGAACAUAGACAAUGUGCCUCUACUGGUGCCCCUGUUCACAGACUGCACCCCAGAAACAAUGUGUGAAAUGAUGAAGAUCAUGCAGGAGAACAGAGAGGUGACGUGCUGUUUGGGGAGCUCUGCAAACUUUCAUAAUAGCUGCCUUUUUCUGCAGAGUGACAUCAGUAUCUCCCUGGAUCCUCUGUACCCGUCCCGGUGCUCAUGGGAGACAUUUGGGUAUGCUGCGGGCUGCGGGCUGAAUGGAGACUGUGAUGAGCUGUCUCCACUGGGGCUCAGUGCUAGUCUCAACAGCCUCGCCUGCUCCAUGUCCUUCCAUCAGGGCGAGAGUGUCAGCAUGGUCAAACUCAUAGAACAGGCGAGACAUACCACUUACGGCAUUCGCAAGUGCUUCCUCUUCCUACUGCAGUGUCAACUGACACUGGUCAUGAUUCAGUUCCUGGCCUGCCUUAUUCAGCUGCCUCCUCCCAUGAAUAUCACAGACAUACUGUGGCUUUCCUGCUUCUGUUACCCACUGCUAAGCGUGUCCUUCCUGGGAAAACCUCCUGACGGUUCAGUGAUGACAGUCGCUACUGGAAAGAAUCUGGACUCCAUACCACGCAAGACUCAACACUACUUCCUGGGCUGGUUCCUGUUGAAGUUCGGUCUGACGAUGUUGGCCUACUUAGUCGGCUUUGGGUUUUCUCUACAGGAAGUGUGUUCUAGAGCAGCUAACCUCACAAAAAUUGAUAACAGCACCAUCACCUGCUCUCACAUACUCGUAUCCAGCUCCCAGGAUGGCCCGCAGUGGUUUGGUGAAUUGUCCAAUGGGCUGCUUUUGAUUCAGAAGAUCAUGGCAGGUUUUCUGGCUUUGCACACAGUGGUCAUCUCUCUGAGCUAUGUGCACCGUUCACAACCCCUGUGGAGGAGGAACCCCUUCAGUAACACAUGGUGGUGUCUCGCAGUGCCUGUGGUGUUGUUGGGACAGGUGGUUCAGGCUGUGAUAGAUUAUCAGUUGUGGCAGGACAGGAGUACAGAGGUGGUCUUCACGCUACAUCACAUUCCCCACUUGGUCUGGCUGUUGGUCUCUCUGUCCAUCGUACUUGUGGUGCUAAUCAAUGAAGCAGUAAAACUGCAUGAAAUCAGGGUACGAGUGCGUUACCAGAAGAGGCAGAAGCUUCAGUUUGAGACUAAGCUGGGGAUGAACUCUCCCUUCUGACCUGUGUCUGUACCGGACACUUAAACGUCAUGUUCAUUUCAGUGGUGGAGAAGAUGAAGACUCCUUUGGAUUUCCUCCCAACAGAGUGCUUCCUGCAACACCUCCACUGGGCGGAACUCUAUUUCUCCCAUGAAUGCCACUGAGGGCUGCGUUUUUAAUCAGUGAGAUCCUAAACUAUCUUUUGAUUUAGGCUUUACUCAAAGUAAAGAUUUCAUCUGUGUUGUUUGAGGGAUGUUCACCUGCAUGCUGCUUUGGUUUGGACAGGGUCAUUUAAUGGAGGGAUUGUUUUUCAAUGAGGCCAUUUCUUUAUCCCCUUCAAAACCUGAAACUGUAAUGCACGAUAUAGAGAAUAUAUACCAAAAUGUACAAUGGAGGGCUAAAUUAGCAUGAUUUUUUUAUUAGAUGUUGUGAAAUGGGGAUUUUAUUGAUUUCCUUUGUUUCAAACACGAGACGUGAGCUCAUGAGAUGAGCUUUUGCUGUAGGUUCUCUGUGUUCGUAUUUUAGCCGUAUGGUUCUUUGUCACACUGCUGAGAGGUUUCAUGCAGUUCAUUUAGUACGUCAUAAGAGCUUGUUGAAGCCUGUUUUAACAGGUUAUAAUGUGAAUGUCAUCACCACAACUUACCUCAUAUUCAGAGGGGAAAUAUUUCAUUCUGUUUUCUUUUGUGAUCAAGUGAAUUCAUUUACAAGAAUGAUCAGCUAGAGGAACUUAGCUGAGAAGCUUAGCUUCCAAAAUCAAAUGCAGUCAGUGGGAGACUGUGCGCAAACUCAUUUACUAGCUUGCCUAGAAUCAGACAGGCUUUAAAUUUCAUUUUCUCUUACAAAUCAAUAUCAGAUGAAAUGCAUGAGUAGCUGGAAUCUUUUUUUAGUCUUCUUUUAAACUCUAUUUUUACUGCAAAGUUCUUAAGUUCAAUCAAAACAAAGACUUUUUAACCAGGCAAAGCAAUAGCUUUCCAGCUGAAGGAAGAAUGUUCCAACUUGUUCUAAUUCUGUCUACAGUUUUUUUUCACAUACGUGAUUGUCAGACAGAAUGCACUGAUUACUUUUUCUUUCUUUUUUUUUUUUUUUUGCUGCAUACAUUUGCAUGCAAGACAACACUUGCCUGGUUUCUCACCGCACAUUUUUUCAAGAGAAUUAUUUCCGAUGUUCUGUAAUGAAUAUAUCUAACUCUGGAUGGGGUGGGCUUAUUUAAAAACAAAAAUUUUUGUAAUUAUUAGUAAUUAUUUUUUUCACCCCCAUCCAGAGAAUUCAGUGUUUACUGGUAAAAAGGGAUAUUGAACUUUUAUUCUGUUCUACCUCUAGCUGAUUGCUAAUAUAAUUUAGGCAACGUCAUGAUUUUAAUAGGUUUUAUUAUUUUUUUUUAAUUUAUCUCGUUGGGCUGCAGCUAUGGAGUAUAAGGGGCUCAAUUACAGUGUCACCAGAUGUGCUUAUUUAAAAAUGCAUUCAAAUGUAUUUUCUGACAGUGACCAGCUAAUCUCCAAAUUACCAGCAUUUAUUUUUUCCAAUAGUAGUGCAAAUCACUAACAUAUAGCCUGAAACCUCUGAGUGACCUCCCCUAGACUUAAUAAAAGGAGAAUUUAAAGGGAUAGUCCACCCAAAAAUGGAAAUAGUCAUCAACACACCCUCAUGUUGUUCCAAACCUGUUAGACUUUAUUUCAUCUGCAGAACAUAAGAGGAGAUAUUUAGUAGAAUGUGUUAAUUGUUUGUAUCCAUACAGUGAAGGUCAUGUUUCGAAUGAUAUGAGGGUGAAUAAAUCAGUUUGACUUUUAAUUUUUAGGUGAACUGUCCCUUUAAGUUGCUGCUAGACCUGUAUAAUGUGGUCGAUUUUAAAAAUGAUUGUGUACAGGCAUCAUGGGACCUCUAGAACCUAUACUCAAGAACCCAGUUAGUAUUUUCUAAAGAACCUGUCUUUCCAAUAAUCCACUACCGAUCCCAUGUAAUAAACUGCAAGAUGUCUUAAUUUAUUGAUUUCCUGCCUUUUUGUUCCUGUCACACUGUUAUACUCAAGUUUAAAUCACAAAUACAUACUGUAAUUUCUAAUCUAAUGUUGAUAUUUAUUUUGAAAUUAUUACAUAUGUCUGUACAUCUUAACAGCAAAUGAUUGCAACCUAGCAGCCUUUUCCAUAAUGCAUCGAGAGAUUGUUAUAGGCACUGAAUGUUCAUAAGUGUACAUAGUGCAUUUUUGCAAUGCAUGUUACAUGCUUUCUUCUACUUUUCCUGCUCAUUCAACAGGAAGGUGGGUCUUACGAUGUGUUUAGAGGUUAUACUGCCCCAUUACAUAACUGUUGCUGUGGUUCGAUGUUAUCGUUCAGAAUCACUGCUGUGUAACUAAGCCGCCCAAAUACAGACAUAAUGGAGAAAUCAAAAAGUAAAUAAAGUAGUUAAUUUUUAAUUGGUGCUAAAUCAGUGGUAUAAAUAUGUACAAUUAAGAAAAUUGUAAAAUAGCCUAUCAGUAUAGGGCGAAAUUAAUUUUUUAUAAGCACUGAUCUUCUGUUAUGCACAAAUGGUAGUAACAGGAAAAAUGUUUUGGGAGCUGUGUUUUUUGUACAGUAAUUAUUUGGUAAUUAUUUUUGAAAUCUUCUCUCUUCCCUUAUUUCCUGAUGUAUGCAUGAUAAAGACCAUAAGAAUGCAAGGUUUUCUUGAUUUACUCAUCUGCUGAACAUUGAAUAUGUUUCAUGCAUGGAUUAAAAUGUUGCUGAUGUUUUUCCAUCAGUCAGAAAAUCUGUCAUCUUUAAGCCAGGAGUGUGAAUCAGGCCCUUUUAGGGGGCUGUGCAGAACCUCUCUGCAAAAUACAUGCCCGGGCUACAACCUAGAUUGACCCAAUAUAUGUGCUAUUUAUGAAUGUUCAUAAGAUUUAUAAAUGUUGUACAGUUUGUAUUUUUUUAUGAUGUCUUUAACAUUGAUUUCUCCCCUUCCCCAGAGAUUAUUUGUGGCCAAUGUUAUGUUAAUAAAUAUGUUCAUU